UAGGUCCAUAUGGAAGCCUACCAGACAUUUAUUGCUUUUUACUUGCUACUUGGAUCAACAAAUUCUCUCCAAAAAUCGUAUUGUCAAAACACAGUAUGCUUUUGUUUGGACAAGUACACUGCGGACUGUUCCCAUAGAAACCUGACAGCCAUUCCUUAUGGGUUUCCACCAACAAUUGAUAAUCUUAUUUUUACUGGAAACGAUCUGCAUACGCUUGGAGAUGACUUUUUCAGUCCUUUAGUUCACAUUACUCUUAGGAAACUUUCCAUGGAUUAUUGUGAAAUUUGGAAUAUAUCUGACUUAGCAUUCAUGCCGCUCAGCAGUCUAGAAUAUUUAGACUUGUCUCACAAUAGAUUAAGAUAUUUUGAGAUAUUUAAUGGAACACAGUAUCUGAACACAUCUAGCAUUCAAGUUUUAAAUAUAUCCGCUAAUCCUAUUUCAAAUCUACAAUACCUUGAAAACUUCUGGUUUAGAAACCUUAAAGAAAUUGUCAUGAAACGAAACGAUAUACUGACUUGCAACUUACAGAAUUUCUUGAAGAUAGAAAACGUAACAAAAUUAGAUUUAAGUGUUAAUAUCAUGGUAGGUUCAUGUGCCCCAUGUAAUUUGUCAAAUUUAGAGAUCCUCGAUUUAUCUGAUAAUCAUCUGACAACAUUUCCAAACCCUUUUGAUGAUGAAACAUGUAGAGACUUUUUCCCUAAAUUAAAAGUUCUACUCUUAAGAAAGAAUCGUAUUUCGUCUAUAAUUGACCUCCGGGAGUACGGUCCCUUUUUUCCAAAUCUCAUCAGACUAGAUAUCUCAUGCAAUAUGAUUAAAACAAUCUGGUCGCACACAUUCACGACAUUUAAACGUUUAGAAAUUUUACACCUAAACAAUCUUCUCAAUAUUUUAGAAAUGCGCGAUUCUGCACUGUCAUCAAAAACGGUACGAGAGAUUCAUUUUGGAAAUGAUGAGUUGUUAUAUCUGCUCUUUUUUGACUUUAAAAGAAUUCUAUCAUAUAACCCAAUGUUGCAAGUACUGCAUCUUGCCAAAUUAGACCUUUCCUCCGUAAGCAUUAAAGACACGUUCUCACAUUUAAAGAACCUUACAAGUUUCUCUGCAAUAAAUUGUAACAUAAAGAAUAUUUCACGGCUGUCAACAUUAUCAAAGCUAGAACAUUUAAAUUUGAGUGUAAAUGAAAUACAAAAUCUAAAUGCUAUUGAUUUUGCAAAUUUUCGCAGCAUAAAAAGUGUUUCUUUUAGAAACAAUCAUUUGAUAUCCGUGAAGCAGUCUUCUUUCCCGGCAUUUAUUUGGGAGUCAAUGGACAUCACUAUAGAUCUCUCCAAUAAUCCUUUUGAUUGCGGAUGUCAUUUAGAAUGGUAUAAGUACUGGUUCAAGAGAAACCGUAAUAGAACAAAUGAUAGGCAACAUGCAUAUACAUGUACCUGCAAAACCCCUCUAGAAUGGAAAAGUCAUUUUAUUCUGGACUUUGAUACCAAUGUCUGUCAUAAGCCAAACCAGUAUCUAAUAAUGUCCUUCACUAUCUCUGGGUUCCUCUGCCUGAUAAUCUUUUCUGCUGUUAUCAUAAGGAAACUUCGAUGGGAUAUAAAAUAUUAUAUUCACAUUUUCAAAAAUCAGCGGUUAUCAAAACGAGAAAGGCUGCCACAAGAAGAAUUCCUUUAUGAUGCUUUUGUUGCGUACAAUACACAGGACAGAAAAUGGAUCAUGUCUGAGCUCGUUCAGAAUAUUGAAAGGAAACACAAAUAUAAGCUGUGUUUGCACGAAAGGGAUAUCAUUCCUGGCGGAAUAUAUGUAGACGACAUGCUUCAGAGCAUUGAGUCAAGUAGAAAGUUUAUACUUCUUCUAUCCAACAACUUUUUGGAUGAUCAGUGGUGUAAAUACGAAGCAGCAAUUGCUAACCAUAUAUUAGCGGACGGAAUGGGUGACAAGUUAUUUAUCAUGCUUCUAGAGGACAUUCGAUCGGAACACAUCACUAGUUCUCUGAAAAUCCUUCUUGAAUCAAUCAGACAUACCGAAUGGACUCAAAACAGAAAUGGUCAAAAGUUAUUUUGGUCGAGUAUUUUGCAGUUCAUGGAGAAUAAAAUAUAAAGGAAAUGUAUAAAAAAACAAAAAACAAAAAAAAAGCAAUGCAUUAGAAUGGCGUAUUGUGAUAGUUUUUAGUAUUUGUACAUAACAAUUUUUGACUAUGCGAUAUUUACAAGUUCAGGCACUCAGACACAUUAGUUGCAUUAAUCAACAAAAAAGUUUACACAAGAGGGUGUUAGCCUAUCAAAACUCUUGAGGAAUUCGAGUUUUUAAAUGAUGCAAACUAAAUUCAACAAAUCAAUUUUCCAAUACAACGUGUUAAGUUUAAGAGACGCAGAAAAGAAGAUGGGAGUGCAAUCUGCAGGAAUAAUGCGUGCGAAACAUUUAUGGUUUGAAUGUAUACGAUUUGGUCGGCUGACCACAGCUAGACAGACUUUCAAAUGUUACAAACAUUGGAAAAUGUUAUUUUAGUUAUAAGUGCAUUGGCAAAUUUAAU